AUGGUCUGUGUAAACUGAUGCUCAGGCAUUAGGAGAUUGGAGAAGUGCUGCUUGCGCAAGUUAAAGCAGAAGAGAAACGGCAAUCAAAUAAAAAGCGGCUGCAGAAACAAAAUAGAACUUUUACUGAAUAAGAAAAAAAUGUCUCUUUUCACCAAAGUCUUGACCAGCAGUUGCAAACAGGCGCUUGAGACUGAGAAAAGGAGUUGCCUUUUUCGUGUGAUUUUUGUCAGCGGGUUUCACCAACUGACCAAACGUUCUAGCAGCCAGACUUUGGAGGUGCAAAAUAACACUACAACAGCAGCUGCAGCAGCAGCAGCAAAGGACAAAGAGGAGGAGAUGGUGGCAGUUUCAGAGGGGGAAGAGGGACUCUUGAAACCCACUCAGCACCACCACUGCAACGUGAAGAGCCUGCAAGAAAUGCCUGGACCCAAAACCCUCUCCAACCUAGUUGAGUUCUUCUGGAAGGACGGCUUUGGUCGCAUUCAUGAAAUCCAGCAAAAACACACUCAGGAGUAUGGAAAGAUCUUCAAGUCUCACUUUGGUCCACAGUUUGUAGUGUCCAUUGCAGAUCGAGACAUGGUUGCCCAGGUGCUCCGGGCGGAAGGUAGAACUCCACAAAGAGCUAACAUGGAAUCCUGGCAAGAGUACAGAGAUUUAAGAGGGAGAGCUACAGGACUUAUUUCUGCGGAAGGGGAGCAAUGGCUAAAAAUGAGGAGUGUACUAAGGCAGAAGGUCCUGAAACCCAAGGAUGUGGCUGUUUUCUCUGAAGGAGUCAAUGAAGUCAUCACAGAUUUAAUUAAGAGAAUCCACACACUCAGGAGUCAAGAGGAAGAUGGGGAAACCGUGACCAAUGUUAACAACCUUUUCUUCAAGUAUUCCAUGGAAGGUGUGGCAACUAUUCUGUAUGAAUCCCGAUUGGGCUGCCUGGAAAACAACAUCCCAGAGAAGACUGUGGAAUACAUUGAGGCUCUGGAGUUGAUGUUUAGCAUGUUUAAGACAACUAUGUAUGCAGGGGCAAUUCCCAAAUGGCUUCGUCCAUUUAUUCCAAAACCCUGGAGAGAGUUCUGCAGAUCCUGGGAUGGACUCUUCAAAUUUAGUCAAAUCCACGUUGACAACAAGAUAAAGGAUAUUCAGUCCCAAUUGGACCAAGGAGAAGAAGUAAAAGGUGGGCUACUCACCUAUCUCCUAUUGAGUAAAGAGCUUACGGUGGAAGAGAUCUAUGCCAAUAUGACUGAAAUGCUUCUGGCAGGAGUGGACACAACUUCUUUCACUUUGUCCUGGGCAACAUACUUGUUGGCAAAGUAUCCUGAAGUUCAGCAAUCUGUGUAUGAAGAGAUAGUCAAUAAUCUGGGAAAAGAUCAAAUUCCCACUUCAGAUGAUGUUCCCAAAUUGCCAAUGAUUAGAGGCCUGCUCAAAGAAACCCUGAGGUUAUUCCCAGUAUUGCCAGGAAAUGGUAGAGUGACACAAGAAGACUUGGUUGUUGGAGGAUACUUGAUACCUAAAGGGACCCAGUUAGCACUCUGUCAUUAUGCUACAUCGUAUGAGGAAGAGAAUUUCCCAAUGGCAAAUGAUUUCCGACCUGAGCGCUGGCUGAGGAAAGACAAUAUGGAUAGAGUGGAUAACUUUGGUUCCAUCCCAUUUGGUUAUGGCAUUCGCAGUUGUAUAGGAAAAAGAAUUGCAGAACUGGAAAUUCACCUUGCACUGAUUCAGCUGCUUCAAAAUUUUGAGAUCAAAAUUUCUCCCAAAACUAAACCAGUCAAGGCCAAAACCCAUGGACUUUUGACUCCUGGAGACUCCAUCAAUGUGAAAUUUGCUGACAGGAAGUGA